AUGGUAUUGCAUAAUAAUAAAUGGGACAGAAGAGCAAAAUAUAAAUAUAUGAAGAAGCAUGGGCUUCUUAAAAAACAGCAAGAACAACUACAAGAACAAACACAGGAGAAGGAGCAAGACCAGCAAAGUGGAAGUCAACAUGCUUUUUGUGAGGAGGAAAUUAUAUUGAAGGAAUCUAAUGAAGAUUCCGAUACGAAUCAAGAAAAUUUGGAAGGAAACUCUCCUGCAUUAUUGCAAGACGAUAUGUUGCUACAAUCAGAUGAGGAGGACAAAGAUGAUGAAGAAUUUUUAAGAUACGCCAGGUUAACCAAAAAUAUCAAACACUCUUACAAUAUUGAAAAAAAGGACAAAGAAGCUUUUAAAAUUCCACCCGGGAAAAAAUUAGAGGAAUUGGAUUUUGAUUCUUUAGCCAAAUUGGAUUUAGGAUCUAGCGGGGAUGAAGAUGAACACAAAUUUAAUAGACCUACAAAGCAGCUAUCUCAGAAUGAAGCUGGUGACUUUGAGGAAUUACAGAAAAAAAUUGAAAAAGACAAACUUUUCAGAAAAAUCAAGUCAAAAUUUGCCACAAAUCAGAUAUCAAGCAAUUAUGAGAAUAAUCCUGAUGAAGAGAAAUUUGAAGUUAAUUUGGAAGAACUAUUGGGUAGUGCUGCAAAACUACCUACAGAUAAGACUAAUAAAUAUGAGGCCAAUAACGAUAUAUUUAGUAUGGAUUUCAAGAAUAUUGCUGAGAAACAAAAGGAAAAACCCAGACAGCAAGAAAAGCAAAAAAGAAAAGCAAUCAAAAGAACUGAGAAUAUUGAUAAUGAAGAGAAACUUUUGGAUGAUCUUCUAGGACUAUAG